AUGCUCGUGGUACCGGCCGCCGAGACGGACGAGGUGCCGGUGGCGGAGCUGGCUGAUGAUGCGCACCUCGGCGGCGUACUCCUUGCGCCCCUACCCUCGUCCAGCUCCUGCCGCCGCGGCGGCUUUCUUGUCUCCACCGCGUCCGUGGUGGCGGCGCAGCCCACACCGGCGUCCCCGGCCGCGGCGGCACUAAGCCGCGUGGAUGUGCUAUCAGAGGCGCUCCUGUUCAUCCAGCGGUUCAAGGGCAAGACCGUGGUGGUCAAGUACAUUGUCGCGGCGAUGAAGUCGCUAGAGCUGCAGACGUCGGUGAUCUGUGACCUGGUGCUCCUCUCCUGCGGCGGCGGGCCCGAGAUCAACUCCUGGCUGGCGCGCGUUGGUGUGGAGCCGCAGUUCCGCAAUGGGCUCUGUGUGAUGGACACGGUCACCAUGGAGGUCGUGGAGAUGGUGCUGGUCUUCAAGGUCAACAAGCAGCUCGUCUCCCUCAUCAGCCUCACGGGGGGCAACCGCCAUCGGCCUCUGCGGCAAGGUCAACAAGCAGCUCGUCUCCCUCCAUUGCUUGACAAACCAAAUGACGACCACACCAAUGAGCACGAGAAGCAAACCACACAGUUCGAGCACCACGGCAGCGCGACGUCGGUGAGGUUGUGGCAGGCGGCAACGGCGUCAUUGACCGCGGCCUUGGGGAGCGCCUUGCUGAGACUGACGCCGAGGCGGCCUUCGACGUCCUCGCGAGGCACGGCAGCGGCGUGCGUGCCGAUGUUGGCGUCGAUGAGGUAG